UGUUCUAGGUUUCUGUGUGCUUAGGUGCCCGAGCUACUGAGGGUCUAAGUCCCGGGCAGUCGAAGAGUGUGGUAGGUAACGGUCGUCAGCGCAAGGGUCAUUUCGUCGCUGGGAAGGGACGGCCCUCGCCCGCGGUGAUGGUGGUUAGCAAGAUGAACAAAGAUGCACAGAUGAGAGCAGCGAUUAACCAAAAGUUAAUAGAAACUGGAGAAAGAGAGCGCCUCAAAGAGUUGCUGAGAGCUAAAUUAAUUGAAUGUGGCUGGAAGGAUCAGUUGAAGGCACACUGUAAAGAGGUAAUUAAAGAAAAAGGACUAGAACACGUUACUGUUGAUGACUUGGUGGCUGAAAUCACUCCAAAAGGCAGAGCCCUGGUACCUGACAGUGUAAAGAAGGAACUCCUACAAAGAAUAAGAACAUUCCUUGCUCAGCAUGCCAGUCUUUAAGGUUUAAUUAGAUUGUGUUGUUCUGUGGUUUUAUGUCUGAAAACUUGCCAUAAAUUAGAACUCAGUCUCCCAAAACAAAAUCCUUUUUUGUAUGAUGGUAUACAGUUUUCAGUAAUGAUGUAUACAUUGUAUUGAUUUUUUUCCCUAAAUGUGUUAUUUUAAUAAAUAUCUCAUGAAUAAGUUUGAAGUUUGCUUGGAUUUUGGAAUAAAUGGGACUCUGUCUUUAUUACUAAUUCACUGGAUUGUUGAGAGAAACAAUGAGCAAUUAAUAUAAGUAUUUAGUAUGUGCAAUUAUCUGUGCUAACAGCAGGAGGUAACAGCCUUUCCUGAUUGUCUACAUAUGGUGUAUUCCUCUUGUGAAUCCCCAUUCUAUUUUAUAAAUUGUAAUAUCCCAUCUUGUACUAUGGUAUUAUUUUUUCAUAUUUGUUACAAACUCUGAGGGUUAGGACUGGGUUUUACUCAUCUUUCUGUGCCUUCCUUAUGCUUCAAAGAAUUUGCCAUCUAGUAGAAGAGAGAACAUUUGCAAGCUGACUGCCCACCAAGCUCCUCUCACAAUACUCUACUCAUCUGAACUUUGAAAGCAGAAUCUGUAAAUUGCAUCCCCACAUACUAAGGUCAAGAAAGAACUCACUGGGAAUUAAUCUUCAUCCAUUAGCUUUACUAUGCCAUCAGGAUUGCUAAAUCCAAUGGACUCUGUCUGUUCUUAUGUGACCUCUGCUGCAAAGUGAGAAUGUUGACUAUCCUGCCACUUGGAACUCUCACCCCAGUCCUCAUAUUGUUUCUUCCUACCAAAGGAAGUUCCUUCUGUUUCUUGUGGAAUACCAAUACCUGUUACUGUAUGUGACUUUUAAGUAAUAAUGUUUUUAGGGCUCUCUUCUGAGUUCUCUGCCUGACUUAACUGGAUGUACUUUCCCUGGGCACAUCCAGGAAAUGGGUCAGACCAUGGUUUCAAAUACCAACAGGUUGAUAAAUGCUAA